CAAAGGAAAGCUGGAAGCCCGAACUGCCUCAGUGCGCUUCCGGGCACCAUGGAGAAAGAUGACCAGACUCCAAGGACACCUCUCGGGGCUCUUUCUCGCGUCCUCGUCGUCGGAAGCUCAAGGGGCAUCGGAUUAGAAUUCGUCAAGCAACUGCUGGCAAAGGAAUGCCUUGUGGUUGCAACUUAUCGAGGAGAGAGCCCGGGUGAAGAAAUGCAAAAGCUCAAGGCAAAGUAUGGAGAGAAACUUGAGCUUUUGCAGCUGGACGUCAAGGAUGAGAAGAGUGUAGCCAGCGCUGCUGAAGCUCUCAAGGCUCGGUUCAAGGGAAAUCCAGAGCUCACGCACAUUGUGCACAAUGCUGGGAUCUAUGGGCCUUCAGGAUCAUUCGAUGGCAAGCCUCGCAGCGGUCGGUCUGCAGCGCCUGCUGUCACCAAGCAAUCCAUGAUGGAUGUGUUUGAAGUGAACACGGUCGGUCCUCUGCUAGUUGCACAGUCAUUCGUGCCUCUCCUCAAGAAGCCAAAAUCACCCCAGGAUUAUCCUAUUCUUGCCAUCCUCACCAGCAAGGUGGGAAGUGUUGAUGACAAUGGUUCCGGCGGGGCGUACGCGUACAGAGCAAGCAAGAGCGCCUGCAACAUAGUGGCCAAGAGCCUCUUCAACGAUCUCCGUGACGAGGCCGCGGUCUUCUUGCUGCAUCCUGGGUAUGUAAGAACGGAUAUGACCAACGGACAAGGGCUGAUUAACGCGGACGAGAGCGUGUCUGGGAUGCUCCGAGCCAUUGAAGCGACUGACGGCUCAACUCCUUUCCGUUGGGUAGACUACAAGGCCUGUCUCAUUCCAUGGUGA